CAGUCAGCACAGUCUGCCGAUAACGGUGCCACCGGAAGCAACAGGUUCGAUCGAAAAGAGGAAUAGUUCUGAUCCUGGAAGAGAAGAUGUGCCGACUAAAGUGUUGAAGAGGAAAUUUUGUUCAACCCAUCAGGAAUGCAGCAGUUGCAGUGUCGAUAGAGAUUUUUAGAGUGAUUUUUGUUCGAGACAAAGUGUGUGCCCGGGUGAACGUUCCAACGAAGGACUGAAAACUAAUCAAAAUGGUCAGCCAAAGGACUGCGUGUUUAUCCUUUGUUUUAAUAUAUUGCGCGCUGUGGGCGACCUGCGCCUUCUCGGCGGCCCUGUCCUGCGACUCGUGUGGCCGCGAGUGUGCCUCCGCCUGCGGAACGCGCCACUUCCGGACGUGCUGCUUCAACUACCUGCGGAAGCGCAGUUCAACGCCACCGUUGGCCCCACCACGCAACACCAUAGAGCUGCCCUGGUUGACCCCAAAGUCCCGCCACGACCUGCUGGAAAGUCAAGACAGUCGGUCCUACGCGGACAACGACCUGCUCGAGUACGUGGAAGUGAUCCGGGACAGUUCCGGCGCAAGUUCCGCCGGUGCCGCUUCGGACAACAAACGCAACUCGUUGAUCGCGAGUCACUCCAGUGGCCACAUGGCGCUGGGCAAGUUCCGCCGGCCUCGACCCGGCGGUGCGGACCAGGACGGACGGGAUUUGGGUCGCGAUUCCGAGAUGAAAACCAGCGAAGAAACGGACCCGAACCGGCUACAGCUGCUGUACGACGCUUAAGGUGAAGAUCAAACCUAAUCGCGCACCCUCCUUUUGAUCGGCGAGGAUCGCUCAGAGAGGCUGGGCUGAGCGAUUCGCGCAGCGAUCGGGGAAACCUCACAAUCAUCAACUUUCUGCUCCUCGACAUCAGCUCUUAAAGUGUACAGAAGAAGUUUUGUUUUACGUUUUUUAAAAUUAAGACUUUCCAACAGAGAAACGGCAGAGUUGAAUUUUUAAUGGGAAACAAUCUGCUGGAAAUAUGAAGCUCCUGGUGGGAGCACUUACUAGCGGUGGCAAAUAAAAAGUCGUUGAAACUUCAACAAUGAACUGU